GGAGACCAGGCUUCAGGAAGAUUGUCUUAGGUCCUGGGAGCAUCUUCUGAGACUUAUUCUACCAUGAAGGUUACCAUCACCUUUUUAGUGCUCUGUGUGACUCUGCUCAGUGACUCUGGUGUUGCUUUCUUCGUGGACUCAUUGGCCAAGUCUGCGGUAGAACCCGUGGCUGCCCUGGCUCCAGCUGCAGAGGCUGUGGCAGGGGCUGUGCCUAACCUACCAUUAAGCCACUUGGCCAUCCUGAAGUUCAUCCUGGCCAGCAUGGGCAUCCCAUUGGAUCAUCUCAUAGAGGGAUCCAGGAAGUGUGUCACCGAGCUGGGCCCUGAAGCUGUAGGAGCUGUGAAGUCACUACUGGGGGCCCUGACAAUGUUUGGUUGAGGUAAACCUGGGAAAAUUUUGCCUGACGAGAGGUUAUUCUUCAACAAGAGCUGAAAACCCUGCGGUUCACACCUUUCCUCUCUACCUUAAUAAACACAGUUAGACCAGC